UGUGCCCCUUUAAAGCCGCCAGCAUGGCAGUGCCGGUGAGAGCAACCAGCAGAGCCCAGGCUCACACUCACAGCACUCGGCAGCACAGGCGGUCGCUCCCGGGUCACAAUCCGCUCCGACUGCACACUGACCGCUUUCUCAUCUUCCACCUCGGUGCUACCUUCUGUCUCGGUACAACAUGUGUCUGGCGACGGUUUGGAGAUUUUGGAUGGUGCUGGGUUUGGUGUCCGGGAGCCUGAGUCUGGGCUGUGAGAGGCUGCAGUUACAGCAAGUUCUCAACACAGAGACCUUGAGCAAACUGUACGAAAUGGGAGGUCAUUUCCCCCGACAUUGCAUAAGGCAGAGGCUGUCACUGAAAACUAAGCCCUUGGAUCUGGUGAAACUUUCCGACGGAUUUGAGACUCAGGAAAGGACUGCGAUUAUCCAUCAAACCCUGCACCACAUCAACAAGAUCUACAGCAUGAACCUGGGUUCAGUCACUUGGGCCUGGGACAAGGUUGAACAUUUUCGUCUUCUCCUCGAUCAACAGCUCAGAGAGUUGCAAGACUGCGUGAGGAAAUCAGGAUCUGACCACAAACUGAAGAGAAAUGCUGCCAUUCAACAUUACUUCAGGAACCUGGAAAAGUUUCUCAAACACGAGAAAUUCAGUGAAUGUUCCUGGGAAAUAAUUCGUGAUGAGACCAGAGCCCGUUUACAACAGCUGCAUUUCAUAAUGGCACAAGUCAACAGAAGAAACUGA